AAAAUGGCGGCGCACGUCCGGUCAAAUAUAGCUUCAAAACAGCGUUUAGCGUUAAGUCUGUAAUGCCAGCUCCCUUCUUUUUUUUUACCCCCGGUGACGCUAAGUGGUACAUCUAUGGAAACAAAAGAUAGUCAUUGUUAUUCUGAACGCCAAGCAAGACAAAUCAGCUGUAGAACAUCUCAUUCUUGGAUCCUUGAUAUCGGUGGGUCCCCUUGUUUCUCACCAGAGGGAGUGCUUAAUGUCGGAAAUGUUUAAGAACUUAUUCAGUGGAGCCCGGCCAAAGAAGCCGGGCGGGUCCGCGAGUACCCGCGCUAGCCGCGAGAGCCUCGAGACCCACCUGAAUGAGGAGCCGGUGGUCAAGGUGUCCGCCAAGCGGUCGUCCAAGGACAAGUCCCCAAAGGCGAAGCCCCAGAAGGAGAAAUCUCCAAAGGAGAAGAAGCGGUCCGGCACCGGGACUUCGCCCUUUGGGUCGGGUCUUCUGAACAGGCGCGGCAGCAAGGAGAGGCGCCGCGCGGAGGCCGAGCAAGAGCGACGCCUGCAGGAGGACCUCCAGGAGAGGGACCGCAUCCUGAGGGAGAGCCAGGAGGGCAGGGCUGGAGAGGACGGCCUCUGGGAUAUCCCGCUGGACAGCAGCGCCUCGCAGACUGUCCAGCUGAAUGGCCACUCGGGUGACGACGUGACGGAGGGUCGGACCCAGAGCAGGUACAGCAGUCGCAGCAGCAGUCCGGCCACCUCCCCCACAGAGAAGGAGCCUCCGAAGAAGGCCAAAGCCAAGAAGAGGGGCAAGGACAAGAAGGGGAAGAGAGAUGCGUCCAGCGCGCAGGUGGAGUUCCAGCCGCCGCCGCCCCCCUCCGUCACGCUGGCGGCGCCGGCUUCCAGGAAGAGCAGCAGCUCCAGCAGCUCGCCGCCGCUGUCGCCCAUGGGCCCGAGGCAGUCCAGCGUCUCCGAAAUGGUCGAGAAGUUUGAGAACUCCGCGGGGGGCGACGCCGUCCAGGUCACGACACCGGCGGCCCAGGAGGUCCAGCUGGAGCAGAAGGUCUCCCUGGUGGAGCUCAAGGUGCAGGAGAGCAUGGUGGUGCAGCAGAUGAGGGAACGACAGCAGAGGGAGAGGAUGGAGGAGUUCGAGCGCUCCACCAGGGCCGAGAGUCUGUAUGCGACUGUUGAGCCUCGUAACAAGAAGAAACCAGAGCCUCUGGCGGAGCUCCCACCAAACGUCAGGGAGGAACUGGAGAAGCAGGCCGAAGACAUAGUACGGCAGGUGCGCGAGGCGCUGGAGACCGAGCAGAACGCGUUUGAGGAGCGCCUGCAGAAGCGGAAGGAAGAGGAGAGCUACCGGGAAUCAAGGUGGAAACUGGCGAUGGAGACAGUGGACGAGGAGUGGCGAGCGGCGGCAGAGCGUCUCCGCGCGGAGGAGCAGCGGCUGCGCGGCAGGAGAGAGGCAGACCUGCAGGAGGCGGUGGCGGAGGCGCGCCAGAUGCUGAGGGUGGAGCUGGACGAGGAGCGGCUGCAGGCGCUGGCGGGGGCGCGGCUGGCGCUGCGGCAGCACGCCGAGGCGGCGCUCCGGGACCAGGCGGAGGACGUGCUGCGGGCCGUCGACCAGAUGGUGGCCGCCGCCGUCGCCGCCGCGCUCAGCAAGCACAAGGCCAAGCUGGAGCGCCAACAAGAGGAACUCGACUCCAAGCUGAGUAGCGUGAACGCCCUGGACUCCAGGCUCCAGCAGAUGGAAAGUAAGAUGGCAGACAGGGAGAAGCAGCUGGCUUCGCAGGCACAGGCGCUGGCCGAACUGGAACUGCAGCUGGAACAGCGCUCCAGGCAGCUGGAGCAGGCGCUCGUCCGCAAGGAACAACAGCAGGAGUUGGAGUCGAAAGCGGAGCAGGCUAUGAUGCGCCUGGAACGAAUCCUGGAAGAAGAGGAGCGUGCUGCAGAAAGACGAUCCGAACAGGAACAGAUGUGGCGCGUGUCCCUGGAGAAGCUGGAGGCAGAGUCCAAAAAGCGCUUGGAGCGGCUGGAGACAUCGGAGAGACAGCAGCGGGAGCAGUGGCAGAAGUCCCUGGAGAAGAGGGAGGAGGCGACGAGGCAGCUGAGGGAGGCGGUGGAGCAGCAGGAACAGCGACUGGCGGCCGCAAGGGAACAGCUGGCGGCGCAGCUGGGCUCGCUGCAGCAGCUGCGGCCCGCCGCACAGGACGGCGACAAACUCGAGGAGAAGGUGAAAUCACUAAUACAGGCCCACGAAGCUCACCUCGAGGAGGACUCUGCAGCGAGGAAGAAGUUCCUCAAGGAGGCAGAGGACCAUCUGCAACGCACUUCUGACGAACUGGAACGCAAACUGACGGAGGCCCGUAAACGAGACCGGGAGCAGAUGACCGCAGACCUGGAGAAGAAGCUGGAGGCCGCUCGCCGAGACCAGGACGGCGCCCAGGAGCAGCUCACGCUGCGCAUCCGGGACUACGAGGCGCUGCUGGCGAGGCGUCGGGAUGAGGAGACCAAGAGGAGGCAGCAGCUGGACGAGGAGGCCUCGCAGGAGCUGCGGCGCUGGCGCGAGGCCCAGGAGGGGACGAUCCGCCGGCUGGAGGAGGCGCUGGAGCAGAGCCGGGGCAGGCUGGAGGCCCUGGCGGCGGCUGUCGCGGCUCAGGCGGUGUCCGGCUCCAGGAAGCGCAGCAGAGGCAGCAGCAGCAGCAGCGACAGCGACAGCGGAUCCGAGCGCCCCAGAGGGAAGUCCGCCCAGAAGCUGAAGGCCGAGGUGUGGGGCCAGGUGCUGGCCGAGCUGGACAGGGUCAAGGAGGAUCUGCGGGAGGAGCAGCGGAGGGCCGCCGAGCAGCGUAGCGAGACGUCGCGGCUGGUGCUGAAGGAGAUGGAGGCGGCGCUGGUGGCUCGCAUCGAGGGCCGGCUGGGAGAGAUCGAGCAGGCGGCCGGCGGCGACGGGGGAGACGGCGACGCGUCGCAGGGGGAGGUCCGUCGGCUCGUCGAGGAGCUGGCCGAGGAGCUGAAGGAGAAGACCGCCAACGAGGUCAGCUCCAAGUGGAAGCAGGAGAGGGUGGGCAUCAAGGAAGAACUGGCGGAGGACCUGGAAGUGAAGGUGCGCCGCUACGUGCACGAUAUGGAACGAGACAUCCAGACCAAGACCCUGGAGGAGGUGUACAGUAAGAUCGAAGAUCUGAGAACAGCUGUUGUAGCGUCUGUCGUUGCCGAAAUGGUGGAGGAGAAAUGGAGUCAUUCCGCAAAGCAGCUGGAGAAAGACAUCGUGUCGGCCGUCAUGGAAAAAGUCGAGAAAGAGAAAAAGGAAGAUAUAAGUGAAAUCGAACAAACUGUUGCCAGGGAGUUAGAAGAGAAACUGCGCAAAACUGUAGACGAUGUUGAGGAUAAAGUGGACCGCAGGGUCAGAGAAACACUGUCUAUGUCGAGAAAUGACGAAAGAGAGUACACGAAGAGUUUGGUGGUGAGUCUGAUCGAAGAGAGGGGGAAACUGGUUACUGGAGAAAUGGAUGAGAAGCUACUGGAGGGAGUGCUGGUCCACGUGAGAGACGCCAUUAGGGUCGACCAGGACAGAGCGAGGCAGGAACUGAUCGAGCAGUGGAACGAGACCGUCAGGCGCUCCACAGCCGAGCUGAGGGACAAAAUGGAGAAGGAAGUGUCUGAAGAAGUUAGAAAGCGCUGGAAAGAAGACAGCAACAAGAUCAGGAAGGACUUGGAAGAGGAACUCAAGGAAGAAGUAAAAGAAGAAGUGAAAAAAGUGAAGAAAGACGUUCGGGAAGACGUAACGGAGAAAGCACUCUCGGAAGUUAAGGAGAACGAGGUGAAGAUGAAAGCGAUCAUCACUGCCGAAGUCGGAACAAAGUUGGCCAGCCUGCAGUACCAGUUAAAGGACGAAUUUGGUACUGAAAUAUCUCAGACGACGAAGUCUUUGGUGGAAGAGGAGCUCUUGAAGAUCAAACAGCAAGCCAUACAAGACUCGGAGGCGGUGGUUCGCGAGGCAGUGAGUGUGGAGUGCGGCCGUGUGCUGGCGACGCUGUCACGGCACGAACAGGAGGCGCGCGACCGCCUGGAGCUGGUGUGUCAGGAGCUGAUCAAGGGCCAGCUGGACAGGCUGGGCAGCUGCUGCGACCGCGGGCUGCAGGAGAUCAGGGAGGCGAUCGAGAAGGCAACGGAUCAGAUUAACUCAGGAAUUCGAGUUUCUGCUGACAGUGCAGUCCACAAGGCCCAGGAGCGGCUCUCCACGCUGGAGCUGGAAGCGACGUCUCGCGUCCAGAGCGAGUGCGAGCGACUGCUGCGCGACUUCCAGGAGGAGUGUGACCAGAGGCUCCAGCUGGACCAGCAGCUGGAGGAGGACCGCAAGCGCGAGAUGGAGGAACGGAAGCAGCGCCUGAAGAACCUGAUCGAAAACAUCUUCGCGGACGAGGAGAGCGUGUCCACGGAGAACAUGGCGGAGGCGCUGCUGGAGGAGGAGGAGGCGGAGCUGGAGCGCCGUCUGUCGCUGCGGGGCUCGCAGCGGGGGCGGCGCCGCCCCCACUCCCAACUGGAGUCCUCCCUGGAGGGCACCGAGCGCGCCGAGUCGUGGGCGCUCGUCCAGGACAGCCCAGCCGCUGCGGCGCACGAGGACGCCCCGGCAGCCCAGCCGGCCUCACCGCAGAGGCCGCACCAGGUGUCGAUGCCGCCGCAAGGGAGAGUGCGGAGCCAAUCUCUGGCAUUGCAGUCUGUGCGGGCGCCACCGGUAGUGAAGACCCGGGCACGGACUGUUUCGCAGCCACUGGCGCAGAUGCAGGUGAAGCCGGCGGUGCGAAAGCCGCCAGUGCGGGCGGCGAAGUCAGCACUGCCAAUCGCCAAGGCCCGACUGUGUGUGCAGACGAUGCCAUCCAUGGGGGUGCCUCCACCACUUCCACCGAAGCCGCCUGUGGCCAGAGAAGACAGAGAGAAGGAGGUGAAAGAGGCGGACCAGAAGAAAGAGAAGGAGAAGGAAAAGAAAGAGAAAAAAGACAAGCAGUCGUCGACGUCCUCGUCCUCGUCGUCGAGCUCCUCGGAGGGCGAGGAGUCUGGGAAGGCCCUGGAGAGGGCCGGCGUGGGCCGCGGCACGUGGCAGCUGGUGGGCGGCGCCGGACACGCCGCCCUCAGCCUGAGGGCCGCCGGGAGGCCCGCCCCCGGGGAGCCGCCCUCGCCGCCCCCGCCGCUGCCGGCCACGGCACCUCCAGCACCACCGGGGAUCACGCGUCCAAUCAGCUACGUGCCCGGGCGAACAGACGGCGACGACAAGGGAGACGACGGCGCCAUCUUCGUCUGAGGAGCGCCCACAGCGCCUUCUGUAAACACUCACUCGUGAAUGUGGCAAAUAAAAUUAGUCAGUUUUUGUUCCACAUACCACGUUCAUUCUGAUGUGAGAUCAUUAGUAGAUAUCUGAGUAGCGUAAGAUGCCUACAGCGUUUAUUCAGGCCCAGGCCAAUUACAUGUUUUAACAUCUUCCUUGGAGACCAUCGUGAUGUGUUCCUACUGUUCACAGUUUCUAAGUCUGUAAUUCUCUGAAGAGAACGCUAAUCACCUCCAUUACAAGUAAGGCACAUCAAUGUUUUGGUGAGGACCAAUGUAGUCAACCUAAGAACUCCAAGUUACUUGAUGUUCAUCAAAUUGCGUGUACGCACGUUUGUGUCUGUGUGUGUGUGUGUGUGUGUGUGUGUGUGUGUGCUGUGUGUGCUGUGUAUAUAUUUUUCCCAUGACAUUGCGACGACCUAAUUUGUAGUUAAGGACUAGUGAUUACCAUAGCCUAAUAUAAUCUGUUAUUCCUGUAGCCUUCAGUCAAAAUACUGCUUUGAGAGAAUCCUGAACACCAGUGUAUCCUAUGCAAGUCCCUUCUGUCCUGCUUAGCAACUGCAGUUCAUAUCUACUAGAACCCUAGUACUGCAUUCAGGCCUAAUUCUUCCUCCAUAACCAAAUCGAUGACUCCCUGACCCAUCAGGAGUUGUCGUAAUAACCGAUCCCUUCUUUUAGUCAGAUUGUGUUAUAAAUUUCAUUCCUCCUCGUUUAGAUUUGGUCCCUCUCGUAAGAUAUGCCAUCUACCCAUCUGACCCUGAGAAUUCUGUUGUAGCACCACAUUACGAAAGCUUCUAUUCUAGUCUCUGCUAUUUAUCGUACACGUUUCAAUUCCAUAUAUGGCGAAAAUACAGACCAAAUGCAACGCACAUGUCACAGUAAAGGGCGCUGAAACUGCCACAUCAAUACACUGUGGACCGCUGUGGUGACAAUGUAGGCAUGUAUCCUCAUAAGUAAAUGGUCGUAAACGUACCGCAUAGAAUAGUGUGAUAAACUGUCCCAACAACCUUGCACCUUUUGUUGCAAUUCACCAAUAGUUCCUGCAAACCCUUUUUCCCACUUCAUUCUUUCCCCACUUCAUUAUUUCUUACACCUAUUCAAUUUGCGAGAGAUCUUUUGAUCUCGCUGGCCAUAGUACGCUAUAUGUGGACGUGCAAUGUCCUGCUGAAAGAUCACACCACCCUCAAGUCGAAGAAACGGUAGCAUGGAGAUAACAGAGGGUGGAAUGUAGCGGAGACUGGUCACUUUACACUGCAGAAACACCCAAUGGCCCCUCGCGCCAUGAAUCUGAGGGUGGGGCCUGAGUGUCAUGGGCGAAUGCGGUCUGGAACAGAUAGCUCACUACGUCUACGCCACACACCUGUACAUCAAUCACUCGCAUAUGGACAGAACGUACUCUCAUCACUGAAGACAACAGACAGCCAUUCCACUCCCCAGUGAACUCCUUCACGACACGAGGGUAGUGUUGCGGUGUCAGUGGUAGCUUGGCCAGAGGCACACAUCUGCUGCAAGCAGACGUCGUAGCAGGUGUGCGUGAAUUUCUUCCCUGUAUGAUCUAGUAGCCAGCCACUGCUGCUGGCACAACGCAUCGAACCUGGUCUACAGCUGUGUCAGUAUUCCACAGACCUCUGAUGAAAACAGCGACACACCACCGAUACAAAGUGUGCACCAUGUGUGACAAUCCAUUGAUAUGUCAAUCUAAAUUCCUACAGGCCCACGGCUGAAGCUAUUCAGCAGGAGUGUGUACUCUUCGGUGGGCCAUGGUUGUACCCUAGAGUGAAUGUUGCAAACACCGUUCACCUCUGAACUCAGCACAGUUACUGCCUAUAACAGCCAAAACAGAGGACGCACAGACAAGCUUCCUGAGGGCCUUCUGAUCGCCUAUGACCGUUACAGACUAACCACCAACACAAAAGCCCCUCAGCAUGCAUUCUGUGGUGCCACUGAACACGUUCCUUCAGUGUAUUGCAUUUAUGUUUUCGGCGGUAUAUUUCACAUUAAUGUAUUGCUAAUUAAGGAGAGCAUUUCCUUCUAAACUCAAAAAGAAUGACCUGAUUUCAAAACUCCAUAUUUAUGGAUAAAAACAUUGUACAAACACGGAAUAGAUUGCAAAACACUCACAAAAUAUUUAAGUUUUAGCUGUGCUAUUACAAAUUCCCUAUGUGUCCACCAGCAACAGCACAAACAACAUCUACACGAUAGCUAAAUUCGUCAAAUUUUACACAGUGUAUGUGCUUUUACAGAAGUUUCUGUGGCUGUUAUUAUGUUUUUCAUUUCUUCCGUAUCACGACAUAUGGCGUAGAUGAACAGUUUCCUUCCUUGGAGGCCGAGAAUGCAGGGCUGUGUCUCAGGGUCCUGUGCCCCUUGUUCAGCGUUGAGGCAGUGUCCCUGAGAAACUGAUGUACGUUGUUGUGCGAGUGUGGUGGGACACCAUCCUGUUGGGAAAUUAAGUCAUCGGAGUCCUCCGGAAGUUGUGGAAAAAGUCGGUUCUACAGCAUCUGAAGAUAGAUGAUUCCAGUUACCGUGUUUUCCUCGAAAAAGAAUGGACCGUCCACUUUGUCACGAGAAAUGGCACAAAAGCCGUUAACUUGAGAUGAGUCUCUUUCGUGCUCAGAAAUGUCGUCAGGGUUCUGCAGUCUCCAAAGGAAGUUGCCGCUAACAUGAAAUGUUGCUUCAUCACUGAAAAUUAAACGUGGUAAAAAUGUAAAGAGAUGUACCGCUGCUGGUGGACACAUAGAGCAUUUGUAAUAGCACAGCUAAAACUGAAAGAUUUUGAGAGUGUUUGGCAAUCUAGCCCAUGUUUGUAGUAUGCUUUUAUCAAUAAUUAUCGAGUCAGGUCAUUCUUUUUGAAACACCCUGUACUAUAUGACAUUUAUUUGUACCUUGACCGUACAUUUUUGCCGCCCUAAAUGUAAAACUCAUCUCCCUCAUUUGGCCUCUUAUUUUCUAAUCUCAUUCGACAGCAUCACUUGUCUGAAUUCCAUUUUCCUUGUUUUACUUCCAGUAAGGUUCAUAUUCUAACCUCUUCUCAUGGCUCUACCAAUUCCGUUCAACUGAUUCUACCGGUACUUCCUCUGACAUAAUUACAACACUGUUGACCAUCAUUAAGGUUUUCCCUCUUCGCCCUGAACCUUAAUUCCUUUACCAAAUUUCUCGUUUUCUUCCACUACUGCUUGCACCAUGUACAGAUGGAAUAACACGAGGGAUCUGGCUCAAUGAUGAAUCACUUCAUUCUCAACUACUCCCUCAUUUUCAAAAUCUUCUACUCUUCAUAACUGCAGUCUGACUUUUGUACAGGUAAUUUAUCUCUGAUAACUUUAACAUUUAGAAUAAUGUAAUAUAAUAUAUGUUGUUCUAAUUUGUGUUAUUUGAAAGUAUUUUAAUGUGUGAACUGAGCUCUGGCGUUCUUGUGUCAUGUCGCUGCUACUGAAGUAGUUCGAAAAUGAAAGUACAGUUUAAGUUUUCUUACAGGGCCGAAUAUCGGCUCUUCAUUUCUUAAGAGUUGUUUUCCUGCAAGCAUUGAUUAUAAAGUGUACAAAUAAUAAAAUGUGUUGUCUUCCUC